UAUGGCUACGGCUGCGGCGUCGCGCCACUCCUGGACCAACCUAGACUACGAAUCGCCUGUAAAUAUGGAUUUUGAUUUGGACUUACAUGCCACCAUGACGAAUACGUCUUCUUAUUCUCAGCCUGUCAAUGAAUCCGUUUGGACAUCUCCGGAUAGAGGCAAUAUAUUAGAUAUUAGUGAUCGAAAAGUGUCAGCAACAACCCCGCUUCAACAUUUGGAGCAGUGUAUGACACAGGUUUCAAAUGUAAGCAAUUAUAACCGAAUACCACAAAGUAUGCUCGGGCACAACAGUCCGAAUACAUCAGCCCAUGCCCCUGUGUCUCCCCUCUCCGGUUCUAAUGAUUCGUCAACGGGUGAUUUCUUAGUGAGAAAUCAUCUCUGUGAUGAAUUUUCCCAUCACCACCAAAUUGCCCAAUCAAGGAAACGAUAUAAGCAAGCUACACCUCCCGACCAAAAAGAUGACAAAUACUGGCAAAGGAGACAAAAAAAUAACAUUGCUGCCAAACGUUCACGAGAUGCUAAGCGAAAUAAAGAACAAGAAACAAUGCAAAAGGCUGCAAAUUUAGAGAAAGCCAAUACUGAAUUAAAGAGACAAGUUAAUGAAUUACAACAAAAAAAUAAAGAACUCACACGAAGAUUAUCAAAAUAUGAAAACGAUAAAACAUUUCUUUCAUAA